UGUCAACAAAUGGUUAUAUUUUGGUGAUGUUUAUAUUUUCGUAGUUUCCUUUAAUAAAUCCUUAGUAAGAUUUUUUGUUAGGAACCGGCAAAAAACGCCCGCACAAUACAUACACGGCUGGUGCUAAUACGCGGAUAAAAAAACGCAAGAAAGACUAACAUCCCGGACGAAGGCGAACGUUUCAACGAAUCUCGUCAUCCCUUAAACGCGGUCGGGUGAGGCGUGGGACGUGGGACGCGGGACCUUUCAUAAAGAGACAUAGUUUCAUGCGCCCGGGGGUAUGCGUGGCUUCAGUUGCAAAAACGGUUCAGUCGUUCCUCAGUCAUUGUAGAACAUUGUACUAGCGCUGGCGCCGUUCCCUAUUCACUGACUAUAAAGUUCAAGGGCGCGCAUAUAAAUAACGAAAAAGGUUUCCACGGCAAUCGGAAGGAUGGCGCAGCAAGUGCAGCAAGUGUUCAAGGUCGCCUUGGCCAAAACCGCCGCCAGCGGACAGCGAACAAUGUCUACCGGUAUCAUCGGCACACUGGAAGGUGGCGCCGCUGGGUCGGUCAAGCAAACGCCGCAGCAUUCAUCUGGACUGCACAUGACGAUUCAACGCACCUAUCCGCUGGCGGCCGUUUUACCACUUCCGCCCAACAUCGACGCCACCGAGACGAGCCGCUUUUCGCCACUCCGCUCGCGCGACAUUAACGCGUCCGCAAUGUUAACGCACCAAUCGGUGACCCCAAGCGGCAGCCCUAUCGAUGUGACGGUAGACAUGGGCAGCAGUUCGUCGGCUAACAUGGCGAUCGAUCCGCACGUCGAAUCGUACGAUUGCCGCGGUGCCGUAAGCCUAAAUUCGGCCAUGCAGAGCAAUGUGCCGAGCCCGUUUGGGGGAAUGCACAAGUUCACGCACCUAAACAUGCCGGGCGGUGCUUGGGCACAGGAAAGCAAGUUCUUGUCGCACGAACUGAACUCGUCGCACUACACUAACCUGCGCCAGGAGGUGCGCUCCGAUUGGUCCAGCUACGAAGACCGGCCGGUCAAGGGAGUAGAAGGUAGGACAGAUCGAGCGCAGGGUGGCGUCGGCUCAAUCACUAAUCUUUGCAAGCUGCUCUCGCUAACUUCGCCAAAUCAUUCGAUCAUCGGACCGUCGAUAUGUUUCCGACGUCCGUUUUUUGGUAGCCCGUGUCAGCCAUUGGCAUCAUCGCUGUCGCGUGGCUUUCAAACUGGGCCGGUUGUUAAUAAUGCACAAUCGAAAGGUAAUGCAUCUACUAAUGUGACUAACGAGGAACGACAACAGCCACUGAUAGCCCCGCAGGAAGCGCAGGUCCCCGUCUCGCGCAAAGAUCGCCUCAAAAAAGCAAUCAAAGAGUAUGGCUCGACGGUGCUCGUGUUUCACGUUAGCAUCAGUUUAGUCUCGCUCGGUACAUGUUACCUGCUAGUCUCCAGUGGAAUAGAUAUGGUUGCGCUGCUGGAACGCUUCGGCUGGGGAGACUCGGCGCUGGCCAGCAAGGCCGGUGCCGGUGCCGGAACGUUCGUUAUCGCUUACGCAAUCCACAAGGUGUUUGCGCCGGUUAGAAUUAGCAUCACUCUCGGGGCGACCCCACUGAUCGUGCGCUAUCUGCGCCGGAAGGGCAUUCUGAAGCCCCCGCCGAAGCCGUCGUCGACAACCGGAGAGAAGUAAGCUGCACGUUGGGAAGGCGAACAGCGUGUAUAUUUUUGUAUGUACCAAACAUUUGAUGUGUAGUACACGGAACUCUGAGUAAAAGCAAUAAAGUAUACUUUA